UGAGAGGCAUGUCCAUGUCGGGCAGAACUUGGUACUAGAGAGAGGACGACGAGGAAGAAGAAAAAGCACCACGCAAUGCAACAACCGACCCACCGACCGAGUAGUGUGUGAGCGUGAGGUCAUCGUGAAGCAGCAGUAUUUUUUCUUCUUUUCAACAGAGAAGACAUUAUUACGGCUAGUGAGAGAUAAAGUCUGAUUCAGGGUGUUUAAUUAAAUUAUAAGGGCCCCAUUCAAUCUAGAGUUGGUGCGUGAAGCUGUGUCAUGGAGAACGCGUACGGUAUAGGGAUCACCAACCGGUUCGGUUGUUUCCUUCGAAGGGCCUCUUCGGAUUCUGAAGACGAAAAUGACGAAGUGUUGAUGAAGUCUUCCGAUAAACCAAAGCCAAAAAUUGCUGAGAAGGAAAAUCAGACGCAAAAGGUAGAUGGAUCUGCAAAGUUGGACAAAACCAACGCGGCUGCGAGGAAGGGGAUUCGUGACUCGAAUCAAAAAGGUAACGAUUCGGCCAAGGGACAAACUGGAGGUGUUGGUGGGAAUAGGACAAUUACAACAAACAAUGAAAGCGGCCAGCAGAAACAGAAUCGCCCCCCACGAACUGAUCGAGCGCCAUUUGAUAAGGAACGAGGAAUGAACAAAUUUUCUGAAGAUGAUCGCGAAGAACGUAAUAACCGACGCAAUCGGGAUGAUGGAAACCGUGGAGAAGUUGGUGAUUACGGAGACCGCAGAGGCCGAGGAGGAGGUGGUGGCGGCGGCGGUGGAGGUGGUGGUGGCGGAUUCCGAGGUGAGCGUCGUGGUGGACCACGUGGUGGAGGCGGCGGCGGCGGUGGAAUGUCUCGUGGCGGACCCAGGAAACGUGAAUUUGAUAGACAAUCUGGUUCUGACAAGAGUAGUGGUGUCAAAUCUGUUGACAAGCGUGAAGGUGGUGGGUCACGAAACUGGGGUACUUACAAGGAUGAGAUCGAACCGGAAUCUGCUUUGAACACGACCACUGGUGAAGAAACCUCCGAUGACAAGGUUGAAAAGGAUCAUGCAGAUGAGAAGAAAGAAGAAAAAACCGAGGGUGACGAUACUACUGAAAAUGGCCCGGCUGAACCCAAAUUGAUGACCCUUGAGGAAUGGAAGGCUGCGCAGCAACCCAGACAGAAACCAGUGUUCAACCUACGUAAAGCUGGUGAAGGGGAAGAUCAGGCACAAUGGCAGAACUUAACCUUGAAGAAGAAGGAGAAAGUUGUAGACCAAGAGGAAGAAGAAGUUGAAUAUGAAGAGGAAUAUGAUUGCCCCCAACGAGCUGGCCGACAGAAGCAAGUUCUGGAAAUUGAUUUUCAUUUCGCCGACUCCCGACGUGGAGGACAAAGCGGCGAACGUCGUGGAACCGGUGGCCGCGGACGAAGCAGUGGUGAUCGCGGUGGUAUGGAUCGCGACCGUGGAGAACGAGGAGGUGAUCGUGGAGAACGGGGAGGUGACCGAGAUCGGGAUCGUGGAGAGCGAGGCGGUCGUGGAGCUCCUCGUGGCGGUGGUGGCGGAUUCCGCGGUGGUCGUGACAGCGAUGGAGGAGGAGGAUUCCGAGGUGGAUUCCGCGGAGGGCGUGGUGGUCGCGAUGAUCGACCCACUCGUCAAGCUGCUCCACGUGUUGAUGACGUGAAUGACUUUCCGAGCUUGGGUUAGUCAAUGCAUUAUCUCACCUUACAUAGUCUGCAAUCAACAAACAUCCAACAUCAACAGAACUACUGAACCAGCUUAUACCCGUACUUGCGAAAAAUAACAAUUCAUACAUUCUACCAUCAACUAUAACAAGAGCUAACAAAAUUUGAAUUGUUGUUUACAACCAAAACAUCAUCGACAAACCAAAAUCUGAAUAGUCGAAGUUCUCCAACAGCUCUUACUCGCGCCUACUCUCUUCUGAAAUGGAGUUGUCAUUCUUUGAUUCAUAUACGUGCAUUUUCUUACAACAGUCCUUACGCAAAUAAUGUUAAAAUAUUAUCAAAUAAUUUUAAAUAAUGGCGAUCCUCCAGUCAAAACAAAACUGGGAUAUAAUGUAUAACUUAAUGUCUUAUAAUAUCUAUGAACAAACACUCUGUAUAAUGAUAGUACAUGUAAUAUCGUCACUCGGCAUGUAUACAAGCAUACUUUCUAGUUCAUUAGCCGUGUGUUAUAUAUUACCUGAAAAAUGCGCUGUGCUAUGAAGUAAAAAAGCAUGUUUGUUUACUCUUUAAAAAAACUUUGAGUUUUCCAUUUCUAAUCUAUAAUUCUUUAUAUAACUAAAUAUUUCAAAAAGAAAAAUAAGGAGCUAUGUACCACGGUAAGUUACUUAAUUGUGUCCGAAUUGUAGACUUAUCAGGGGCAAAGGUUAUUAUUUUUAGUGUAUGACUAUGUAAAAUGGUUCCGGUUUAUGCUAACCCGCCCACAUGUAUAAAAAAUAGCACUAACUGAGGUGCCUGAAUCGAAAGGUUUACCACUAAAAUAUUAGGAAUAUUAGGAAAUUGUUGAUGCAUGAAAAGAAGGAUAAGAAGGAUGGGGUUUGGUCUCAUAAUACUGCUGGACCAUCAUCACUACCACGAGGAUAAUAAUAGGUUUCGUUUAAUUGCUCCUAUGAUUGUGGGUGACUGUUGUGAUAACUUUCGUAUUUGUGAAGAUUUAAUGACAACUUAUAUGCCUCAGUGUGUGAAAUCCAGUUAUUACUAUUAGUACCGAUCCUAUGUAUAACCUUAUUGUUAUUGUUAUAAUUAAGUAACGGUUAAAGACUUGUUAGCUAGCUGCAGUCAUAUUUUUAAUGAAAUUUUUCGUCUAUCUUUCUAUCCAACUUAAAUAUGUAAAACAUGUAGGAUUUGAGAGAGAGACUCCAAAAACAUCAUCAUAUGUGCCCUUUUACCAAUCUCAUCCCCGUUAUUUGUCCCUAACUUUUUUUUAAAUAGGAAAAAUCAUAUUUGUUACCGUUUAUCGUAAUCUAUCAGAUAAAUGAUUUUAAAUCAAGAUAAGGUGACCAUCAUCACAGUCA